CGGCGCUCGAUUCGGGCGUCCCGUUCGUCGAUCCGCGUGGGUUUUGUUCUCCAGGAGGGAGUUUGUGGGCGGCUGUGCGGGGAUCGACGGAAGGGGGCCGCGUUCUGUGAUGCUCGCGGCGCCGUUCGGUGGUUGGUCCGGUUCGGGUAGAAGUCUUUGCGUGUUGUUUUCCCCUUUCUGUUCCUUCUGUGCCGUGCGGAAAUGAUUAGAUUUACCUUUUUUUUUUCAAAUUAAAGCCGCCCGGAUUAGCUGAAUCAUGCGGCGUGGUUGGCGCACGUUGUGUUCGAUUUACCAUCUCUGGGGAGAAAUUUUCAGUUUUCGAGAUUUGAAUUCGGCGAAAUCCAAGUAAUAAGUGGCUCUGAUUGGUAGCGGUGGGUGGCUAGGGACAAGUCGCUUUUGACAUGUUGAUUUCCUGGAAAUCAGGAUCUUGUUUCCGAAAGCCGUGCCCUCCUCCCCGCAACGACGAUUGUUUGUGCCUGGACGUUACAAUUCGUAGUAUUAUACUACUACGUUUAGGAUUCUUGUUGCGUGGCUCGGUUUGGUAGCUUGCCCUUGGAAGAUUGCACUUGUUUCUUCCUCUUUCGAUGCUGAUGUUUACCGUUGUCUGUUCCGUGUGCAGCUUAGAGUUAUUCAAGAUGGAACACAAGGAGGCGGGUUGCCAGCAGCCGGAGGGCCCAAUCCUAUGCGUUAAUAACUGUGGCUUCUUUGGCAGCGCCGCGACCAUGAACAUGUGCUCCAAGUGCCACAAGGAGAUGGUCAUGAAGGAGGAGCAGGCCAAGCUGGCUGCCUCCUCCUUCGAUAGCAUCGUCAACGGUGGCGAUGGUGGGAAAGCACCUGUUGUUGCGGCUGUUGCUGCGAGCGCGGAGGUGGCGGUUGCUCAAGUUGACGUGAAGGCGCUCGUUGUGCAGCCUGCUGCUGAUGUUGCAGGCACCAGCGAAGCUGUUGCCGUGAGCCCCAAGAGGAAGGAGGGGCCCAAUCGGUGCUCAACUUGCAGGAAGAGGGUUGGGCUGACGGGAUUCAACUGCCGAUGUGGUAACAUGUACUGUUCACUGCAUCGCUAUUCCGACAAGCAUGACUGCCAGUUCGACUACCGGACUGCAGCUAGGGAUGCCAUCGCCAAGGCCAACCCGGUGGUGAAGGCAGAGAAGCUCGACAAGAUUUAGGUGUCUUACAGGGAAGAAAUGGUUGCAAUCUGUGAAGGUUCAUCAUCCGUCUUUGCUGUGCCAAUUGCCAUCCUUGCACCUCCCUUUCUUGUUGGCUGCCGCAUUUCCUAAAUUGUACGGCACCGUGAUGCACACUGCGUCGUGGCAGCUGCAAGAACUCAGUCCUCUCAGUCAUUCCGAAUGGUUUGCGUGUUGUGUAACUUUAUUCAUGGUGGUUUUUUCGGUCAGUAUUGUGGCUUCUCAUUUUAGCUAGCUCUGUUAUGUACUAUUGUCCCAUGUGUGUCAAAUUCUGAUCAGUAAUAGUAGCCAGCAAUGGUUCAUCAUAUUGCGUGUGAGUUCAUUUUA